UUAAGCUUGGCCUAGUAAUCACUAGACCCGCCGUUGCUGUGGACUGCCCUUUAGGCGCCUCUGCUUUGCGCGAAACUCCCGACGACCUGGGCCCCGACUCUUGUCCCCUUCUGCAAAAGAAAAUUGUGUUGCUGCUCCUUCGACCCGCUGUCACAGCUCCUGUUGGGAUAGCUUCGAUCACCGCUUCUCUUCCCCCCCCCUUCCCUUCCUCCCUCCCAGCAUAAUUCAGGCCAGAACAUACCAAAAUGGCUUCAAAGUUUUUAAGAGAAUAUAAACUGGUAGUUGUCGGUGGUGGUGGCGUCGGAAAGUCAUGCUUGACAAUUCAAUUGAUUCAGAGCCACUUCGUGGAUGAAUAUGACCCGACAAUUGAAGAUUCAUACCGCAAGCAGUGCGUCAUUGACGAGGAGGUGGCAUUGUUGGAUGUGUUAGAUACUGCCGGACAAGAGGAGUACUCGGCGAUGCGUGAACAAUACAUGCGAACCGGCGAAGGCUUUCUCCUAGUCUACUCGAUAACGUCGCGCCAAUCUUUCGAAGAAAUCAUGACCUUCCAACAGCAGAUCCUACGAGUGAAGGACAAGGAUUACUUCCCCAUCAUCGUGGUUGGUAACAAGUGCGAUUUGGAAAAGGAGAGAGCUGUCUCCGAAGAAGAGGGUGAGGCGCUCGCACGGCAGUUCGGCUGCAAGUUCAUCGAAACAUCCGCCAAGUCCCGCAUCAACGUCGAAAACGCCUUCUACGACCUCGUGCGCGAGAUCCGUCGGUACAACAAGGAGAUGUCGUCGUAUCCAUCUGGUGCGGGCGCGGGCUCACGCGCUCCGGAAGGCAAGAUGGACGUCAGCGAGCCUGGCGAUGACGCAGGUUGCUGUGGAAAAUGUAUUAUUAUGUAAUGGGACAGGCGUUGGAUCUAAAAGAAUACAUACAGGUCGAGAUACGGAAGGAAACAAAACACUUACAUUUACCCCCGGC